AUUCAUUUAGUUGGCCAUCGUCCAUCAGGUCGUCCGAUAUAUAGACAAGAAAUGUAUGUAUGUACAUCGAGACAGAUAGACACACACACAGACAGACAGACAGACAGACAGACAGACAAGUAAAUGGCUGGUGUGCUCUGCCUCUCUCAGGUCAUCUAUCUCUGUCUCUCUCUGAUUAGUCAGGUCACGUGUAUUCAUGUGUGUGUAGCUCAAUCCAUGUACUCACACCCUCUGUGCUCUCGUCACUACAGCAACAAGCAUUUCAUUGUAUUCACUCAAUUGGCAUGAAUAAGCAAGCUGAGAGGCCCUAGCUAUUGCAGUGAGGUCUUGUUGUAUAGGCUCCUAACUAUCAUGCCAACCAGCACUCACACCCAGACAGACACGCAUAUCAAUGCAAGCAGACAAAUAGGAAGACAGCAAGUCUGUAGCAAAGAAACGAGAGAGAGAGAGAGAGAGAGAGAGAGAGAGAAGGGGGGGGAACUUGUGUACUGAGGUAGCUGAACAAACCACCAUAUGCAAUGUGAGAGACAGCAGGAAAGUGACCGCACACAGACAUGGUCUAUCCUGUCAACCGGCGAAAGGCCAGUUCACAGCAGCAGCUCGCCAAUACGUUCUCCUCCUUGUGAAACAGCUCAUAGCCUUGUCCCUCAAUGGCCCUGACCAGCCGAUCAGCAUCUCUCUCCCCCCAGCGGUCCAUCAGAUGCACCUCCACCUCUACCUCUCUCACUACUGGCCACCUGCCAAUGCCGCUCCCACCCAGCGCAUCAAACUCUCCACCUUCAAUGUCCACCUUAAGCAGCGAUAUCACUCGCUGCUCGUGGCCGAGCGCGAGCACGAUGGCGGGCAGGCCGAUGAAUUCCGGCGACGGCGGCUGGAGAGUGAGGCCUGGGUCGUUAGCUGGGGCGGUCAGCAAGGGGUGGCCGACGCCGUAGGCGUGAAAAGUGACGCCUGGUGGGGCGGCUGGGGCGGAGACGAACGGGUCAAACGUCUGCAUGGAGGACAAGAAAAGAGAGAGAAGGGAGUGGCCAUGCGUGCGUCAUCUUACGUGGAUCUCGCACUCCGGAGCGAUAUCGAGGAUGGCCUGCUCAAAGGUCCACUCAUUUUCGCUGCCGAAUGAGUACACAAGGCAGCUCUUUCCCUCCUUGGCCAAUUCUUCAGGCUCACACACCCAUUUGCCGCCAUCCAUGCUGUUGUUGGGGUCCCCACCAAGGCGCCGCUCGUUGUCGCAGUGCACCGAGGGCUGGUAGGGGCUCUGCUGCCAGAAGGUCGGGAGUUCCGCUGACCGCUCGGGGCUCGCGAGUAGGGGGCUGAUGUCACGGUGGUCGAGCGGAAUGAUGGCGGGAAGGGUCCAUACCCAAAGAGCGUUGAUGAGCAUCACCUUCUGCAUCCUCCCACCCUCGCCCACAUGGUUGCUUGGGGGCGAGGUAAGAUCGCCGCGAAUUCGAUUGAGGCAGUAGUACUUAUACAAGGGAUUUCCAAUACUCGCUUAGUAGUACUUAUACAAGGGAUUUCCAAUACUCGCUUCGCUCGCAUUAAAAAUCCCUUGU